CAAGUGUCUGGAUUUCCCUCCUCCUCUUUCUCGUCUUUUUUUUCCUAGUUUUUUUUUUGUCUUUUCCGUCUGGCUAGUUUUGUGGAUAUAUCGUCUACCCCAACACUACGGUACGGUACUUAUAACAUAGCUCGCCCUGGAAGCCUAACCCGCCCGAGCACUGACGACUCGGCAUUCCUCGAUCUUUACUGCUACUGCUGCUACCGCUCUUCUUCAAGGGCCAAGCUUUGAAAUGUCGAACCAACCUAACGGUCAUGGCCUGGGUAUCGGUGGUCGUCUGAGUGACCAUCAGAAUGGAGAACCAAAUGGACAUCACCCCAGCCCUUCAGCGGCCACGGAGAAGGUGUCUCCUGUCGCUCCUGCCGUUCCUGGGGCUAGAGGAGUCGUACCACCUCCCGCUACCUCAGUUCGCUCAGAAGAUAAACGCGCGGGAGGCGUGGAUGAUUAUUUUGUAUGCCCUCUUGGUAAAGACUGGUAGGACUUCAAUGCUAACAUGGAGAGUGUAGUCUGGGCCAUUGGAUCCCACAAAACACUCUAAAUUCCCGUAUUUCAUGAGGUUGCACGGAAGCAUUCUGCCGAGCCUCGUGAUACCAAUUCUUUUUGUGGCGAUUUGGGCAACCGUUAUCACUAUCCUCAAUGAAAAAGUUCACCGGCGUAAGUUUCCGUCCGAUUUGUGGGUUGGUGCUAUGUGCUAAUUGUUGUAGUUGCUGUUGAUUCCCUCUUGCUGACCGUAUUGGGUUUUGUGGUCGGUUUGUCGUUAUCCUUCAGAUCGUCAACAGCAUAUGAGAGGUAUGCUGAGGGGAGAAAAUUCUGGGCUCAAAUGACUCUUCAUUCGAGGAAUUUGGCAAGGAUUAUUUGGAUCCAUACGAAUGAGGAAAGCACGAAUGACGUUCUUACUAAACUGUAUGCUCUUUGCCCUAGUUUUGAAGUUCUGAUAUACUUAUACUGACAUGAGAUAGCUCGGCUAUCAACCUCAUAUUGGGGUUCUGCCAAGCAGUUAAGCACAAACUUCGUCAUGAAAUUGAAGUGGCUUAUCCCGACCUCGAACCGAUCAUCGGCCAUCUUGACACUUUCGCCAAACGUGCUCACCCUGCCAAUAGAUCUGCCACAGAGCACGUCCUCGGCAUCACUAAACGCUCGAGUUUCCGAACCUGGGGUGGCCAUCUCGGCCUCCCAUUUUGUCAAUCCAACCCUCAAAAGUCCAUAAAAGUAGCUCGGAAGGAGGGGAGACAUCACGGAAACCUUCCUUUGGAGAUCAUAAACCAGCUCUCCGCCUAUUUCGAGCAAUGUAUCAAGACCAACACUCUCACGGGCCCCUGUUGGCAGUCUCAGAUCUCAGCUAGCAUCAUGCUAAUGAUGGACGCCUACGGUGGCUGUGAACGUGUCCUCAGCACACCGCUCCCACUCGCAUACAAUAUCGCUAUUUCCCAAAUCACUUGGCUCUAUGUCCUCGUCCUUCCUUUCCAGCUCUGCGAAAAACUCAGGUGGGCAGCCAUUCCCGGAACCAUCGUUGCAGCAUACAUAAUCCUCGGAAUUGCCGCCAUCGGACGAGAGAUUGAGAAUCCGUUCGGUACAGAUGUUAACGAUUUGGACCUCGACCGCUACUGCAAAAGUCUGCAGUUCGACCUCCACGUCCUCACCAGCUCUCCACCGCCAAAGAGCCUGGAAGUAUUUCAGGACCCCAUCAGCAUCCCGUUGUGGCCCUACAAUGACCCGUACGCCCGGUGUAAAGACCUUCCGUUGGACCAGAUCCGCACAGCACUCGCGGAAAGGGUCGGGAUGCAGGACAUUAAUACCACAGACCCGGUGGGUGGCAGUAGAAGAAUCCAGGGGAACUACGGGGGCGCGUAGAUGGGUGGGUAAACUUUUCAUGGCUACAUUCAUUGGCGCUGUUGACGCGCCUAUGGCUGGACGGACGGGCGCAUGGAUGGAUGAGAUUACGAAAAUUAUCAGACGGCUAAUUUGGCGCAUUACUCUAUUAAUUUUGCAUUGCGUGGUCUUUCAUUUGUCACUUAAUUUUUCUCUACCCAUUCUCUCUUCAGAGAUAUUAUUUAGCGUGAGGUGCGACGUCGAGCGCUGGCCUACUUAGCUAGGGACGUUGCUGUACAGUAUCAGUAUGGGAGUGAAGUUUGGCUCUGUUA